GGAAGACGAGGACGUCCUCCACACAGACACGUGUGAUGCUUGUGGGCACCACGGAGCAGAGUCAGUCCCAAAAACAGGAGCACAUUGGGUUUUAUUUGAUUCAGACCUGUCUCUUUACAAAAACCUGAGCUUUUUGCGACAUUUAAUGACAUUAGGCGCUUUGAAGACUGUGUCGGGUUGAAGCUCAGAGAAGAGCAGAACUCACCGGCUCACUGUCUUGACAAACUCUAGCGAGAAUUUGGACUUUGACGCUUUUCAUGCACUAUGGCGGACUAUUUAAUCAGCGGACAGACGGGCUAUGUGCCUGACGACGGUCUAACUGGACAGCAGCUCUUCAACUGCGGAGACGGCCUUACUUACAAUGACUUCCUGAUUCUGCCAGGGUACAUUGACUUCACAGCUGACCAGGUGGACCUGACAUCAGCGCUGACCAAACAGAUCACAAUGAAAACCCCACUGGUCUCUUCGCCUAUGGACACCGUCACAGAGUCUGGCAUGGCCAUCGCUAUGGCGCUGACUGGUGGGAUUGGCUUCAUUCAUCAUAACUGCACUCCAGAGUUCCAGGCUAAUGAAGUCCGCAAGGUCAAGUACAUCGGGCAGGACAUCCAAACACUCACCUAUCAUUCAUCGACCUCAAAUAUGGCUUAUCAUCUCGAACAUAGGUACGAACAGGGUUUCAUUACAGACCCAGUGGUGAUGAGUCCUAAUGAGCGGGUAAGAGACGUCUUUCAGGCUAAGGCUCGGCACGGAUUCUGUGGGAUUCCAAUCACUGACAAUGGACAGAUGGGCGGACGUCUGGUCGGCAUCAUUUCAUCACGAGAUAUCGACUUCCUCAAAGAGUCGGAACAUGAUCUGCCCCUCAGUGAGGUGAUGACUAAGCGGGAGGAUCUGGUUGUAGCUCCAGCAGGAGUGACACUAAAAGAGGCCAAUGAAAUUCUCCAGAGGAGCAAGAAAGGCAAGCUUCCUAUAGUAAAUGAAGAAGGCUGUUUGGUGGCCAUUAUCGCUCGGACAGACCUGAAGAAGAACAGAGAUUUCCCGCUGGCCUCAAAGGAUUCUCGUAAACAGCUGCUUUGUGGUGCUGCUAUCGGAACACACAAUGACGACAAAUACAGACUCGACCUGCUAGUUCAGGCUGGCGUAGAUGUGGUCGUCCUGGAUUCUUCCCAAGGAAAUUCCAUCUUUCAGAUUAAUAUGAUUAAGUACAUAAAAGAGAAAUAUCCCAGCCUACAAGUCAUCGGAGGCAACGUGGUGACUGCAGCUCAGGCGAAGAACUUGAUUGACGCUGGAGCGGAUGCUCUGAGAGUGGGAAUGGGCAGCGGCUCCAUCUGCAUCACACAAGAAGCUCUGUUCCAAAAUCUAGCAAAGACUGUUCUAGAAGCUCCUCUCAGUAUUCCUCCUGGUUUAAAGCUCCACAGCCCCAAAACCCCAACUACUGUUACGGGAUACUCCAUGCUAGCAUGCGGGAGGCCACAGGCAACAGCCGUGUAUAAGGUAUCGGAAUAUGCUCGGCGGUUUGGUGUGCCCGUCAUUGCUGAUGGAGGGAUUCAGACAGUCGGUCACAUUGCUAAAGCACUUGCAUUAGGAGCAUCUACAGUAAUGAUGGGGUCAUUGCUCGCUGCCACCUCUGAAGCUCCUGGUGAAUAUUUCUUCUCUGAUGGGAUCCGUCUGAAGAAGUACAGAGGGAUGGGCUCACUGGAUGCCAUGGACAAGAACCUGGGCUCACAGAGCAGAUACUUCAGUGAGAGUGAUAAGAUUAAAGUAGCUCAGGGAGUUUCAGGGGCAGUUCAGGAUAAAGGCACCAUCCAUAAGUUUGUUCCAUAUCUCCUCGUUGGCAUACAGCAUUCCUGCCAAGACAUCGGUGCAAAGAGCCUCACGCAGCUGAGGGCAAUGAUGUAUUCUGGUGAACUAAGGUUUGAAAAGAGGACAAUGUCAGCUCAAAUGGAGGGUGGAGUGCACAGCCUACACAGCUAUGAGAAGCGCCUGUUUUAAAGACACUACAGAUGCCAGUACAUGCACAGCCAAAUGCACAUAAACCCCCAUAAAUGGACUUCCACACGUGCCUUUGCACAUUCAGGCACCCAAACACACCGAGAACCUCAGCUUCCUCUUUCUCGUCUUCCCAGCCGCCUUUCCUCUUAGUAAGGAGAGAACUCUUGUGUGAAUGUCUGCGAGCAUAUGCCUGUGUGCGUGAAUGUGUGGUUAUGGGGAGCUCACGCCGUCUGUUGUAUGUAUCAGAUGCCUUACAUGUCAACAAUUGUUUUUGAUUGUAAUCAUUUGACAAGUUUUGUUUAAAAAAAAAAAUACAUUUUUUGCCACAGA